AUGGCUGAUUAUGCUUCCCAAUUAGUCGGUCAACCAAUAACUCGAUUUAUCAUUUCUCGUAUUCUAAAAAAACACGAGAUUAAUCGCAAAAAAGUCUCUUAUCGUUAUAGAGAAAUGAACUAUGAGAAAGCCGAGGAGUUUGCGAGCGAAUACUUCUCACUACUUGAUUUUCCUAUUUUGGCUUUGGAUGAGUGUAGUUUCCAUAUUGGCGAAGCACCGAGAUAUGGCUAUUCCAAAAGAGGUUCAAGAGUUGUUUCGCAAAGGACUGGAAAAAAGAGAGCGGUUAAAGCCGAAGACUUUCAUGAGUUUUUGAGUGAGAUUAAACUUCCUACUAAUGAGAAAACUUAUUUAGUAAUGGAUAAUGUUCGGAUCCAUCAUGCUAGUUGGGCAUGUAGGAAACUAGGUUUAUCCACGAUUAAGGAAUUGUUGGAAAGCAAGAAUAUUGAACCACUUUAUUUACCUGCUUAUGCUCCGAUGCUAAAUCCUACCGAAUUUUGUUUUAACUUCAUUAGACAUUAUGUCGAAAAGAGUAAACCAGAAACAGAGGAGGAACUAGAACAAGCAAUAGAUAAAACUAUAGAUAUGCUAGGUGAGAAAGAUAUGACUAAGUUUUUCGGACAUUGUUAUUUUAAGCGACCUAAUUAUAUUUGA